CGAACUGACCACGCAGAGUUGUCACAAGCAUUCUUUCAAAGAGGUGGAGGCCUCUCUUGAUCUCAGUUCCCGUUCUCGACUUCAACAAUUGGUUCAAUCUGCGUUACAAUUUUGAAAGGUUUGUACGCGCAACCAUUCUAGCUAGAGAUCCGCAACAACCCAUUACAAGUUUCCGACUCAAAUAUGAAACUGGCUAAACAUUGUUAUACAACGCAGGGUUGAGAACCUUGAAUUGUUGUUUGAUUUCAUAGAAGUAUAUGAUGUAGAAGCUCGUGUCAUUAAUUUGAGCUACAGAAUUUUCAGCUGCAAAACCCUUGUUGUUCUCAACUUACAAGCGGUAUCUCUACCUGCUUGUACUGCUGUUAAGCUUCCUCACUGAAGUCCCUAAAUUUGAGAUGGGUCAAGUUUGAAGAACCUUAAUAUUUUAUGGAGCUUCUUUAUGGAUGUCCAUUACUUGAGGAUUUGAAAGCGGAUGGGCUACAAUAUGCUCAUGAUGGCACUUUUUGUAAAGAUCGGUUUAAAAACUUUUACUUUCCCAAAUUGGUGAGAGCAAAGAUAAAUUCUAUUGGUAUGGAAAUGGAUAGUUCUAUUAUUCUUCUGAAAGCAAUAUCUAAUGUGGAGUUUUUGACCAUCUCCAUAAAGUUUGGAGGUGAUGAUUAUGCUGUUCCAGAAUUUCCUCACUUGACGCAUUUGACCCUCACCCUUAGGCAAAAGCAUUUAGUGCUUUUGAUGCUCAAGAAUUUCCCCAAGCUUUUCAAAGUUUGAAAUUUCAGGGAUAUUUUAAUGAUACGGAUGUUCUAUCUUUCCCUCAUUUUGUUCCUGUAUGCCUUGCUUCAUUGCUUCAUGCUUAACUAAGUGCUAUCUGGAAUAUUACUCAGUCUCACACAUUGAGCUACAACUUGCAAAAUAUAUUAUGCAGAAUUCAACAUUUUUGAAGUCCAUGGAAAUUCGUUGUCUUAUCCGAAAUACACCUUCUAAAGUGCAGGAGGAGUUAGCUUUGUGUCCAAGGAAAUCUCCAUCUUGUGAACUUUCAUUUAGUUGAUAGGUUUGUUAGUAGCCGGCAGCUGCAAACUUUUCCUAGAUAACAGUAUGUGUCAUUUAUUAAUAUAAUGCAAACACUGGAUUUGGAGAACAUGGACUAUGUAAUUACUUUUCUUUGUGUACCCAUUAUCUGGUUAGUCUAUGAUGCUUGACCACUCCACCAGAUUUUUGGGUUUUUGAAUGGAUUGGAAAUUACUAUUUAGUGUG